UCCUCAGGGCCCUGUCCACACCCAGCCAAGGCCGCCAUGUUGUCUGCAGGGAGCGUGUGCAGCCUGCUGCUUCUCAGCGUGCUCUGGGUGGACGUGGCUAUGGCCGGCUCCAGCUUCCUGAGCCCCGAGCACCAGAAAGCCCAGAGAAAGGACUCCAAGAAGGCACCCAGCAAGCUGCAGCCCCGGGCUCUGGAAGGCUGGCUCUGGCAGGAGGACCCGGGGCAGGAGGACGGGGCGGAGGACCAGCUGGAGUUCAACGCCCCCUUCGACGUGGGCAUCAAGCUGUCAGGGGCGCAGUACCAGCAACACGGCCAGGCCCUGGGGAAGUUCCUGCAGGACGUCCUGUGGGAAGAGGCCAAAGAGGCCCCAGACGCUGAGUGAGGCCUGCGAGGC